GUCGCUGAUGGAGGCGCUAGUGCAUGAAUCUUUCUUUACGUUCGUGGCGCUCGUACUUCGCGUCUUGUUUAGCGAAAUACUGUUUUAUAUCCGUUGAGAUAUAAAGAAUCCAGUAGAUUUAUUGAUAUAACAAUGGUUCAGAAGAAGCCGAAGAAGAAGGUAGGGAAGAAGGUAGCAGCUGCGCCACUAGCAGUCAAGAAGGUUGAACCUAAAAAACAAACUAAUCCUCUGUUUGAAAAACGCCCUCGUAAUUUUGGUAUUGGACAGGAUAUUCAACCUGCUCGCGAUCUUAGUCGCUUCGUAAAAUGGCCCAAAUACAUUCGCAUUCAACGACAGAGAGCUGUGUUGCAAAAGAGACUGAAAGUACCACCACCAAUUAAUCAGUUUACACAAGCAUUGGAUAAACAAACAGCAACACAGUUAUUCAAAAUGUUGGAGAAAUACAGACCUGAAUCGACGAUUCAAAAGAAAAUGAGGUUGAAAGCCAAAGCUGAACAGAGGGUUGCAAAGAAAGAAGAAGCUCCACCAGCAAAAAAGCCUAAUGUGUUGCGUAGUGGAACAAACACAGUAACUACACUUGUUGAACAGAGGAAGGCCCAACUUGUGGUGAUUGCUCAUGAUGUUGACCCAAUAGAAAUUGUUCUUUUCCUACCGGCACUCUGUCGUAAAAUGGGUGUACCUUACUGCAUUGUUAAGAGCAAAGCACGUUUAGGACGUCUUGUUAGGCGUAAAACUUGUACCGCGGUAGCUUUGACUCAGGUGGAUUCUGGUGACAGAGCUAACUUCUCAAAACUUGUUGAAGCUAUUAAGACCAAUUUCAAUGACAGAUACGAUGAAAUUAGACGUCAUUGGGGUGGUGGACUCCUGGGUAGCAAAUCUGCUGCCAGGAUAGCUAAGUUAGAGAAAGCUAAAGCUAAGGAACUUGCACAAAAACAGGGUUAACAUCAUCCUGUUACUUUGGUAUUGUUUACAAUGUACAACAAUAAAGUAUAAAAUCCAA